AUGGAGGAGAGCGGCGCGAGCGCGGCGGCCGUAGUCCCUCGGCUGUUGGCGGCGAAGGAGGAGUCCGGGAAAAGCUUCUCGGACAUCGCGGCCGAGACGGGGCUCACCAACGUUUACGUCGCGCAGCUGCUGCGCCGCCAGGCGCAGCUGAAGCCCGACAUGGCGCCCGCGUUCCGGGCGGCCGUCCCGGCGCUCACCGACGAGCUCGUGGAGCUCAUGAUGCGGCCGCCUUUCCGGUCCUACCACCCGGACAUCGUCCACGAGCCAGCCAUAUACAGAUUGAAUGAAGCUGUUAUGCAUUUUGGAGAGAGCAUCAAGGAGAUCAUCAAUGAGGAUUUUGGUGAUGGAAUCAUGUCGGCUAUAGACUUCUACUGUUCAGUUGACAAGAUUCAAGGGGCUGAUGGAAAAGAUCGUGUGGUGGUCACAUUUGAUGGGAAGUAUCUGCCUUACACCGAGCAGGUCUGUUACUUUUUUUGGAGGUUUCUUUUGUUCCUGAUAAGCCAAUGA